AUCCAGUCUCCACCACACCACACCAUAUUGUCAAAAAUCCCAUUCCCCACUCCUUCCUUCCUUCCUUCCUCCAUUGCCAAUGCCACCACUGACCCAUUGAUUCCAACUACCACAUACAAAUCAAAACAAAACAUAUACUGUAAAAUUAAGAUUCACUCACACCACUACGCGAUCUCCCUCUGGUUUUUGUUCUUCCUCCACAGGCCUUUUUCUUUUCUUCCCCUUCCCAUUCAACCGACUUCCCCUGUAUCUCUCUGCCCCAGAUUCAUCUUCUUCUUCCCUCUUUCUGCGAAGUUUAUGCAUGAUGGGGGAGAGAACCCCACCUGGGAGUUACUUCCAUUACCCUCCCCCUUCUGCCCACGCAUCUCCUCACAGGACUCCAUCCAUUCCCUUAGAUCGGGAGAGGUAUCUUGCUGAAUUACUGUCAGAGAGACAGAAAUUGGGUCCUUUCGUGCAGGUUUUGCCUCAUUGUAGCAGACUUCUGAAUCAGGAGAUCAGACGUCUAUCGGGCCUCAAUCAAACUUCCGUGGAUCAUGAGAGAUUUGAGCACGGGAGCCCUUACAGGUCAUUAGGCCAGCUAUCGAACGGAAGGCCAAUGGACUUGGAAGGUUGGCCUCCAAUGCAAAUGGAGGGAAGUGGACAUGUCCACAGUUUGGGGCCCCUUCAAGCUCAUUCAAUGGCAUGGCCGAGGGUUCAAGGAAUUCCUACGACACCGAUAGUUAAGAGAGUCGUUAGACUUGAUGUACCUGUUGACAAAUAUCCAAAUUAUAAUUUCGUUGGACGACUUCUGGGACCGCGUGGAAACUCCUUGAAAAGAGUUGAAGCCUUGACAGAAUGUAGGGUGUACAUAAGAGGCAAGGGCUCUAUCAAGGAUGCUUUAGAGGAAGAGAAGCUAAGGGACAAGCCUGGAUAUGAGCAUCUUAAUGAGCCGUUGCAUCUCUUGGUUGAGGCAGAAUUCCCAGAGGAUACAAUAAACUCUCGCUUGGAUCAUGCAGUGGCUGUGUUAGAAAGCCUUUUGAAGCCUGUGGAUGAAUUGCUUGAUCAAUAUAAGAAGCAACAGCUAAGAGAAUUGGCAUUACUAAAUGGCACCCUGAGGGAGGAAAGUCCAAGUAUGAGCCCAAGCAUGUCUCCAUUUAACACCACGGGGCUCAAACGGGCCAAGACAGGGAGGUAGUAGGAAUGGUGACUUCCCGACAGCGUCGACGAGAUGACGAGCUUCGUCGACGCUUUGUUCAACCCAUGGAAGCUGGUUUUCAUCAUUGAAUAGCAAGUUAACUUUUGCUGCCUUCACAUGGUCAAGAGUGUUGCUGAUUUUGCUCUGCUCAAUCUGAUAGGCCUAUGUUAAUUGGCUCACCACUUUUUUUCCCUUAAUAUGGGAGGGAAGGAGAAUCCCCUCCACCAUUUGAACAUUUUUUCAUUUUUUUUUCCUAAGGUAGCAAUUUAAUUUAGGUUAAAUUACAAAUGCAGUUCCAUCAACAACUUUUAACGGUUAUGUUUUUAUUUACUCCUUAAAAUUUAAAUGUUAUUGCUCUAGACUUUAAGUU